GUUGAAUUUUCAUUUUCCACCACAACUAUUGGAAACCAAGUUCAUUCCGGUGCAACGCCUGAUAUAUUGAAUUUAGCAGAGCAUUUGGAAAAAUAUGGCAUCGAGGGUUCAAAAAUCACUUCUUUUAAAUUUCAAGUGAAGGCUGGGAAAGAUGCAAAUGUAUUUUUGUCAAGCUCUACCACAAUGAACAGCGCAAUGCCAUUCUACGAUGUAAAUCUGGGUGCACAUAGUAAUACAAAAACACAGCUGGUACGACGCCAUGAUUAUACUUUAUCAACCACGCAAUUUACAAAAGAAUGGAAAGCUGACUUCGAUCGUCAUCGUUUAAAAAGUACGGAAUUUAGAGAUUUCUGGGUGAGUUGGGAUGGAGGAAUUAUCAAACAUGGACGAGGACCAGUCGUUGGAGAUGAUAUAAUUGGUGAAUGGGCAGAUCCAAACCCGUUUCCGGUUAAAAGUAUUGGCGUUUUGAACAGUUUUAAUACUCAAGGCGACUGGAUAAUACACGUUACAGCUUAUGGGAAUGCCUCAACCAAUUUUAUCAAUUGCAGUCCAUCAACAGAGAGAGUUGACCUUAACGUAUAUAAACCAGUGGUGAUGCUUUCUGAAACGUUAUGUGCAAUGCAAUGUAAAGCAGAUGAACAAUGUAUGGGGUUCAACUAUAAGGAUAACAGUUGUGAGCUGCUUUCAUUCGGACCAGGAGUCGUCACUGCUAUUCCGAAGGUAUCAGCAAAUGGAUGGAGGUUUUUUACAAAGUGUUAUGUAAAGCGUAAUGCAUGUUUUGAUUGUCUAUUGUGAGGCAACUGUUGACAUUUUGUCUAUU